UAACCGAAUGGGCAGAAUAUAAAAAUUUACGUGAAUAUAUUACUUCAAAUAGGCAAAAUAUCGAGAUGAAAUUGAGAAUUAAAUUUGCUUAUGAUAUCGCUAAAGGAGAUCAUAACGCAGCUACUAGUAAUCUAUCCGUAAAUAUAGAAAAUCUUGUAUAUACUGCUCCUGAAAUGUUAAAAAGAAUUACAGAGGUAGCAGAAAAAAACGAGAAUAAUAAACGAAUUGCAAUAAAAAGAAAAUAUGAUACCAAAUGUGAAGUUUACAGUUUUGGUAUUCUUCUUUGGGAAAUUGCUGAAUGUAGAAUUCCGUAUGCGGAUAUAAGUGACUUUUUAAAAAUUACCAGACUAGUAAUACGUGGAGAUCGAGAACCCUUUACACUUGGUACCGACAUCCCAGAAAAAUAUAAAUCUCUCGUAAAUAAAACUGUCGAUCAAAAUCCAGGUCUAAGACCUAUAUUCGCAAAAAUGUUGACGGAUCUUCAAGAUAUCUUUAAUAAUUAUACUAAACACACCGUAAGCCGUUCCGGUACUCUGAGUAGCAACACUAUUGCGGCAACAGAAGAAGAUUGUGUUAUUAAUUACGAUAGUAUUAAUUUGGAUAGUAUUAAUUUGAUGAGCCUUGAUAGAGCAAUUAAAGAACACAAAAAAGACAGUAUGGAUAAAAUUACAUUAUAUAAGUGUUUCGAUAAUUAUGCUAAAAUGGGUAAUCCAGGUGCAAAAUAUUGGAAAGCUUAUUAUAUCUUAAAAGAUUAUUCUGACCUUACUUGUUCAAAAAGUGAAAAAUAUAAAAUUGCUGCUGAGCUUUACAAAGAAGCUGCAGAUUAUGGGGAUGAAUAUCCUGACGCGCAAUUUCGUUAUGCGACAUUGGUUAUGCAAGGAAAAGGUGUUGAAUCAAAUACGGAAGAGGUUUUGAACUAUUUUUUUAAAGCAGCUAAAAAUGGUCAUGUGGUGGCUAUGUAUAAUGUCUCUGUUUAUUACUCCUCUCAAGGUAAUAUAGAAUUAGGAAAAUAUUACAUGAGAAUGUCCGCUAGUAAAAAAUAUGAGCACGCAAUUAAGUAUUGCAAAGAUAACAACAUAGCCUAUUAG